AUGAGUAGACCAUCUGCGAAGCUCUGCGCAAGUUGCUCCCCGGCAUUACGGCCCCGCGGCCGGGCAUUGCGGUCUGCGACUCCCACACCGCUGCGCGUGAGAUCUCGUUCAUACACGACUGCCACCACCCAUUCCUCGCCUCUGCUCUGUUCCCGUCCUCAUGUCCCACAUGCUGCCCUAGCCACCGGGUUGCCGGUGAAUGGCCUCCGACUACAGCGCCGCGCGCGCGGGUUGGCGACUGCUACCAGUGAGGGGGCUGCGGGGGUAGAUUCGAAGGCAGGGCCUGUGGAUGGCCCUAUGAAGGAGUAUGAUGUGCGUGUUGAGGAGGGCCGGUUACGGGAUGAUCCUUAUCAGCGAGUCGAAGUUGCAGACCGGAUGGAUGGAAUAGUUGAAGCUAACAAUAUCAACCCGCUACCUCCAGGUAUAAUCCAAAAUCUACAAGACCUCUUCGAAGCGCUCAAAUCCUACCACCCGCCUACCGUCGUUCACCCCACCCCAGAAUCCCUCGACCUGCAACCGAAGCAGUCCUUCUUUGGCUCUCUCUUCGGCGGCGGCGCAAAGGCAGCGCAGACCUCUGUCGUGCCGGAUAAUCUGCCAAAGGGCUUGUAUAUGUUCGGAGAUGUUGGUUGCGGAAAGACCAUGCUUAUGGAUCUGUUCUUCGAUACGUUGCCGGACAAUAUCAAGACCAAGACGCGAAUUCAUUUCCACAACUUCAUGCAAGAUGUACAUAAGCGCAUGCAUGUCGUGAAGAUGAAGUACGGCAACGACUUUGAUGCGCUGCCUAUGGUUGCUGCGGACAUUGCGGAGAAGGCCAGCGUGUUGUGUUUCGACGAGUUCCAGUGUACAGAUGUGGCGGAUGCAAUGAUUCUACGAAGACUUCUCGAAGUCCUCAUGUCUCACGGCGUCGUCCUAGUCACAACGUCAAACCGCCACCCAGACGACCUCUACAAAAACGGCAUCCAACGCGAAUCCUUCAUUCCAUGCAUCAACCUCCUCAAAACCGACCUCAACGUGAUAAACCUCAACUCACCCACAGACUACCGCAAGAUCCCCCGCCCCCCUGCAGCAGUCUACCACCACCCGCUCGGCGAAAGCGCAGAGCAGCACGCACAGCGUUGGUUCGACGUCCUAGGCGACCCGAUAAACGACCCACCCCACCCAGCCUCUCAAAUAGUCUGGGGCCGGACAAUCAACGUCCCCCGCGCCAGCGGCAAAGCAGCCCAAUUUACCUUCAAUCAGCUCAUCGGUACCGCGACCGGCGCAGCCGAUUACCUCGAAUUAGUCCGGCAUUACGACGCUUUCAUCGUGACCGAUGUACCCGGGAUGAAUCUGAACCAGCGCGAUCUAGCGCGCCGGUUUAUCACCUUCAUUGAUGCGGUUUACGAGAGUCGGGCGAAGCUGGUUCUUACGACGGAGGUGCCGUUGGCGAAUCUCUUCCUCUCGGCGGAAGAUGUGAAGGGUGCGGGUGUCGGCGGGGAUCAUUCCGAUCUAUCGGAUGCGAUGCGUAAUUUGAUGGAUGAUUUGGGGAUGUCUGUUGCUGCGCUGAAGAAUACUUCUAUUUUCAGUGGGGAUGAGGAGCGGUUUGCGUUUGCGAGAGCUUUGUCGAGACUUUCUGAGAUGGGGAGUAAGGAGUGGGUUGAGAGGGGAUUGGAUAUUGAGGGUAAGUCAAGUGAGCAGAGUAAGGAGGAGGAGGCUGCUUGGAAGAAGACUAGGAGUCAUUGGAGUGAGGAUAAUAUGUGA